AUGAAGCUUUUAAAAUCUUUCACUUUUCUCAGUUUACUCUUUCCGUAUCUAGCUCUAGGGAAAUUAAACGGCCCCAAUUUAUUUUUGCAAUGGGCUCAAAACUACGCUGAUAAGUUACAGAAAAGUUCCUGCUGGAUUUGUGGCCUCCUCCCUUUAUCCAGCACCUCAGGCCUCCCUUGGUGGGUUUCUCCUUUGCAAGGCACAGACUGGCAUUACUUAUGCCAAUACAUAGAAGAUAUGGUUUUCAGCCCAAAUACGAGCAUAUAUAGUGACAUCUCUAUCACUAACAGAAAGGUUUCUUAUUGGCCUAUGGUAAAUACCACCUGGAAUUCUCCAGGCCAUGAAAGACCUUUUUCCUACACCCAGACUGCCAAAAUCAUGAAUGAAUAUGCCAACGCUAAUAUUGAAAAUAAACAAGCAUUGUGGGGAACAAUUAAGCCUAACAAUAUGAGAUAUACUGAUGAUGGCUAUUUUCAAGUAUGGGAUGAAUUUAUGUGGCUUACUCCUACCAUAGGUCACUUAAAUCAGAGAGCUCUUUUGUGUUGGGAGCAAAGAAAUCAUACCUAUGAUGCCUGGCCUAACAGUACCCGUGAAUUAGGAUGGCUCUCCCAAAGAGACUGUACCCAUACCAUUGUUUUACAAGCAACUGACUGGUUUGCCACUGACUGGUUCAGACGGCCAAGCAUCAGGUGGUUGGCGCCUAAUGGAACUCAGUGGCUGUGUGGCGCAAAUUUGUGGCCCUGGCUACCUCCUGGAUGGAUAGGGCGCUGUACCCUGGGCUUUCCCUGGAUGCAAGGGAGUUGGCAUAAAGAAAUACCGAAGCCUGCAAAUUAUCCCUAUCUACUGCAUCGCUGGACACGGUCAGUCUUCCACUGGUAUGAUCACCUGUUGAGUAUUUUCGUGCCUCAACUGGGAAUAGAAGACAUAAUAUGGCAUGUAGAGGCCCUCACAAACUAUACCACAAAAGCCCUUAAUGAUUCUAUGCGGGGACUGUCACUGUUAAAUUCUGAAGUUACAUUAAUGAGAAAGGCUGUAUUACAAAACAGGAUGGCCUUAGACAUACUCACAGCAGCUCAGGGAGGAACCUGUGCUAUCGUUAAAACUGAAUGCUGCGUAUACAUCCCAGAUAGCUCAGCUAACAUAUCCGAAGUUUUGGCUGACAUGCGCACCCAAAUUGAAGCAAUGUCUGACGCCUCUGGUUCCCUCAAUGAUUGGAUUUCUUCCUGGUCUAGUGGAGGUAUAUGGGCUUGGUGGAAAAAACUUCUUUUACUAGCAAUAGCAGUAGUUAUGCUAGCAUUUUUUCUCUGCUGUGGGGGCUACUGUUGUUGCAUGCUCUGCAUGAAUAUGUCAGAAAAAUUAUCAGAACGGGUGCUCUUUAGGAGCCAUUUUAUUCCCAGGUUGAAGCCUCACGUACACCUUUGA